AUGCGGCGGCUGCAGACGUACUACUCGCUGGAGCCGGCGGGCUCGCACGGGGUGUGGGGGCUGGACGACUACCACCACAUUCCUUACAUCUUCGGCGCGGCGCAGCUCGUCCGGGCGGAGGCCGCGCCAACCCCAAUCCUCCCCGCCGAUGUCUGCCGCAAGGAGAAAGUAAAGGCCUACGAGGGCCAGUAUUUGUACUUUUCAAUGGUGAUGUGGAUCCUCCAAAAUAAGUCGGGCCCUUUUUCCGAGCACAGUAAUAUGUUGUACAACAUCUCCGCCGUCGAGAGCUGGACUAAGGUCUACAACGGUAUGAUCAAGAUGUACGCCGCGGAGGUGCUUGCGAAGUUCAACGUGACCCAGCACUUGUUGUUUGGUCCACACCUGCCGUGGAAUACGAAAACGCUUGACGAAACCUCUUCUGCGGAGGAUAGGUAG